UCUGUGGCUGCAUCAGCGCGUGCACCGCGACAGCUCUCAGAGACGCUUUCUCUUCCUCGCGCUGCCGUUAUCUUCAUCACAGUGGGUCUACCGUACGCGCCACAAUGGAGACUAAACCGGUCAUCACCUGCCUUAAAACCCUCCUCAUCGUGUAUUCCUUCGUGUUCUGGAUAACAGGAGCCAUCCUGCUGGCAGUGGGAGUAUGGGGGAAGUUGAUGCUGGGCCCGUACAUCUCUCUUAUAGCCGACAACUCCACCAACGCCCCCUACGUCCUCAUAGGCACCGGGACCGUCAUCAUUGUUUUUGGCCUGUUUGGAUGCUUCGCCACCUGCAGAGGAAGCCCAUGGAUGCUGAAGCUGUAUGCCAUGUUUCUGUCGCUCGUCUUCCUCGCUGAGUUAGUGGCCGGGAUCUCUGGAUUUGUGUUUCGCCACGAGAUAAAGGGAACCUUUCACAGGACAUACACCGACGCCGUCCUGAACUACAAUGCUGAGGAUGAGGCGAGCCGUGCUGUUGAUAAUUUGCAGCACAAGCUGCGUUGCUGCGGAGUGUAUAACUACACCAGUUGGUUUGGCAGUGUGUAUUACCCAUCCAAUGGCAUUCCUGCCAGCUGCUGCUUUAACUCCUCUGACUGCAAUCCAGAAGACCUCCGUAAUACAACUCUAGCCCCAAGCAAGGUCUACCACCAGGGAUGCUAUGAGCUGGUCACUUCUUUCAUGGAAACCAACAUGGCCAUUAUUGCAGGAGUGACGUUUGGGAUUGCCUUCUCACAGCUGAUUGGCAUGUUGCUGGCCUGCUGUCUGUCCAGGAUCAUCACAGCCAAUCAGUAUGAGAUGGUCUAGCUGAUGUGACGUGGCAGGGAGAUGAAGAGACGAAGAGACAAAGAGCCUUGACACAUGACAAGAGUAAAUUCCCAAAACACUGUCACAUGUCUGUAUUGGAAUUUACCUCCCUCCGUCUCUCUGCCUGUGAUCUUAAUGUAAUAUCUUAAUGUAUCUUAUUGUAAAGCACCAUUCCUUGACUCACUGCUGUUGCAUCAAAACGUUCUAUACCACACAUCACACUGCUGCUUGAUGUAGAAGUUGCUCAUUAGCACAUAUCUCGGAUCAGUACAGCCUACAAAGUACAACAAGCAGGUAAACCAGAGUUGUCUGAGCCGUGUUGGUCUCAGAUAGGCGAUUGGGUGCAACUUGGCUUCUCAGUUGGUUACAGCAUGCUUCACCAACCGUCAUCAGAGGACCACUGCACAUCUUUGUACAGAUUGACAUUACUAAAGCUUGAAAGUAAUACUUUAAUAGAUAGGUUUAGUUUUGCAUUUGACUUUGCUAUGGCUCACCAUUGUAUAUUCCUAUGGUUGUGACAUUUUGUGAACUGAUUAUGCGUACUGAGGAUGAUAUUUUAAGUUUAUAGGAAAAAAAAGGAAACUGACGAAAGAGAGAAAAGGGAGAGUUGUUUUUUAAUCUGUAGACAAGACACAAUAUUUUUUUGACCUGAUAAUUUAAGUCAGUGGCAGGUUAUGAGAUACGCUACAUUUUAACAUUGUAAUUCACUAUCAGUUAGAGCUUUAGUCUAGGGUAAACACACAAAAACAUGGAUUCAAAAUAAGAAGCUUUACUGUCACAGUCCCACAGUAACUUUACACCAAAUUUACAGCCUUUACAUGCACUUAAAAAAUGACUCGAUUGGUUUUUGGAGGGAAAUAAAUUUAGUCAUCAAGUAAAACAAACAAAUAAGGUCAGUUGUGGAACAAAUCUGUUACAAUGUAAACUGGCGGCCAGGUCACACCAGAAAAGCAUGUAGUCUCGACAGUAAUGUCAAACAGUUUAUUCAAAAGAUGAGUUGUAUCAUCAGCUCCUGUCUCAUAGCUGUUUGGAGCAGUUUAUUCUCCAACAGAACAUACUAUUGCAUAAAAACGGAAGCUGCAACACAGCUAAUAAGCUACUCCUCAAUGUUAGCGCUCUGUCUCCCUUAAAGGUCAGUUCUGUUAAUAAAACCAUGUUAGCACUGUUUAAUUUGCUUGCUCUUCAUUAGCGAAUCCACUCAUUACAGAGACUUCAUUCAAAUGUAUUGAAUUCGACACAAAAUUUUGCAAAAUUUUCUGGUGUGACCUGGCCAUUUCAGGCUCUCAAUUAAGCCCCUAACACUCAAUUAUCUUUAAAUUCGUACGGCAAAUGUGUCUCUGUUUCGAACAGCCACGCUUCAAGGCGAGGUGAAAAACUUGCUGUCAUCUUAGUGAGCUUUGAGAUGCAAUGAAUCAUACAAAUGGGGAUAACAGUUUUGGACAGGUUCUCCUCAGAGGCAUUCAUUCAUUGUCGGAUAGAAAGUGACAGAAGAAGUUGUUUGGAGAAUGAAGACCAGAGAUCGUGGGAGAAAUUUAAAUCCUGCCAACUUUCACACCUCCACACACCUGGCCAAUCUAAAAAACUGAGUAAAUCGCAAAAUGUCAGGAUUUAGCUUUAAAGAUCUACUUAACCAGCUGAAAAUUUUUUUUUUUUUUGCUGACCUCAACAGAUUAAAGUUGACGUUGCUGCAGUGAUGUAGAGGUGUACCUGACAUCAUGGUUGGGGUGUGGUUACAGGUGCACAACCAGGAUUCUGGGUGUGAACAGGCUUAGACAUUUUCAACCACAAGAGGUCAGUAAAACACUGAUUUUCAGCCCGUUAAGGUCAUAUCAAAUCAUUAGGGUGAUGAAUUGCUUUCUUCUGGAGGAAUAUCAUGCCAGCUGUGUGUUACAAUGAGAGAAGUCGACAUUAGAGAUACGCAGGACUCCAACAGUGUUCAUCUAGUAUUUACAGUAUUCUAUGUAGUGCAUCAACAUGCCAUCAUCGUCAUCAUCAUCAUUAUCUGUAGAUAUUUAUUGGAAAUGUAAUUUAUAUAAUGUAAUGUUUCUCAUUCUAAUACGCUAAUCAGUAUAAAUGUUGUGUCACAGUUUUGAUUCCGCACUUUGUGCUGUUAAUCUGUAUUUGUUUGAUAGUUUAUAGAAAAAUCGCACUGAAAAAAAUUAUUGUGGCCAAUGUUUUGUUGAGAGUAACGUGCAACAUGUAGCUGUUUCAAUUUAGCUGUAUAUUUAUUAUGGUUUGGUUGGCAUUGCGUUUACAGUUUCACCAAGUGAUUUUCUAUCUCUCUUUCGGUAUGUGUGUUGUUCUUUAUUUGUCUCCUUAACCUUGAGUGUGUAUUUUCCUUGUAUGACAAGUUGUGUGUGUGUGUGUGUGUGUGUGUGUGUGUGUGUGUGAGUGAGUGAGUGAGAGAAAGAGGGAGAAAGAAGAGAGAGAGAGAGAGAGAGAGAGCAUCUAGAUUUUGUGGAUCCUGUUGUAUUCAAUUAUGGUCAGUAUUUGGUUGUGGCUUUUCCAACCUUAUUGCUUUUAAAGCUGUACAUUUAUUUAGUGAAUGUAUGUUUUCCAACACUUUGAAACCUAUUUUUCCUUCCCCAAACUGAUAUUGUCCUGUAAAUACUAAAUUGUAAUACCAUCCUGCUUACACAUGGGGUCACCAGACACUCAAAAAGAAUUGCACCCUGCUGUCUACUAUUGACUAAGUCACCAUCAGUGGUCUUAUUAUCAAUAAAUAUAUAGAAUAAC